AUGGAUCCCAAUCAUUUAAACAGUGUCAAGAAAAAAGCAGACGAUGACCCGUUCGGUACAGGAUCUACUUCAGCCGGAUCAUCGUCGUCGUCCGGCUGCAGUUCCUCGGCUACUUGCAGUGAAUUUUUUGAUUUGGCAACACAAGCCUAUCUAGUACGGCAACAACAGCAACUAGCAGCUCAACAAGCAGCUUUACCAUUUUACUCGCAAACGGAUCUCGCUAAACACAUAGCUCAGCAACACUUGCAACGUUUGCAUCAACAAUUGCAGGAUAUAGUUCAUCAGAACAUUGUCGUCGGUGACAUGGCUCUCGUGUCGCAUGCUUCGGUAGGACCUGGUCCUAUGUUUACCGCAUCAGUUCCUCCACAGCAGCUGAAGAAAGAUAAUAAGCCUGGACAGAUUCCUCAACAAGCUAUUCCACAGGCAAAUCAUGUCUCGAAUGCUAUUUUGGCCGCCGCUGGUCAAGCAUUUUACCCCGCUGUACCAGUGCAAGAUGCCCAACCCGAUCGACCUAUUGGUUAUGGUGCUUUCGGAGUUGUUUGGUCGGUUACUGAUCCUCGUAGUGGGAAACGGGUAGCUUUGAAGAAAAUGCCCAACGUCUUUCAAAACUUAGCUUCUUGUAAACGGGUGUUCCGCGAGAUCAAAAUGCUCGCAUCUUUCAAACACGAUAAUGUUCUUUGCCUUCUGGAUAUUCUUCAACCUACUAGUCCACAUUUUUUCCAAGAACUAUAUGUCCUUACGGAAUUAAUGCAAAGUGAUUUACAUAAGAUUAUCGUCUCUCCACAACCAUUGACUGUCGACCACGUGAAGGUCUUCGUUUAUCAGAUAUUAAGAGGACUCAAAUAUUUACACUCAGCUAAUAUUCUACACAGAGAUAUUAAGCCCGGUAACUUGUUAGUUAACAGCAAUUGUAUUCUCAAGAUUUGUGAUUUUGGUCUUGCCCGUGUUUGGGAUUGUAAAGAAAAACAAAAUAUGACACAUGAGGUAGUAACUCAAUACUACCGUGCUCCAGAGUUACUUAUGGGUGCCAGAAAAUAUACGGGUGCUGUUGAUAUCUGGUCUGUUGGAUGUAUUUUCGCUGAGCUCUUAGGGCGCAGAAUAUUGUUCCAAGCCCAGGGACCAAUCGAGCAGUUGAAUAUGAUUAUCGAUUUGUUGGGAACUCCAUCACCAGACGAAAUGAAGUAUGCUUGUGACGGUGCCAAGAACCACGUUGCUCGUGGACCAUACCGUGUACCAGCACUUCAUAAAUUUUAUCAGCUUAGCAGCUCAACAACCCAAGAGGCUAUUGAACUUCUUUCAAUGAUGUUACAAUUCGAUCCUGAUAAAAGAGCAACAGUUGAAAUGUGCCUUAGUCACCAAUACUUGGCUGAUGGACGAAUGAGAUUCCACUCAUGUAUGUGCUCUUGCUGCUAUACAAAAGCAAAUAACACAAGAGUUUUCACAAUCGAUUACGAUCCAUCGCAUGAGCAACCUUUUGAUCCCAAAUGGGAGAGGGAGUUGGCCCGAUUGUCCAUGUUCGAACUUAGGGAAAGUAUGUACAAAUUUGUUACGGAGAGAAUACCACUCUACGGAACGCCUUUAAUGAUCAAUCCUGGUUCUGCUGCAUACAAGAACUUUGCCAACUCAUCUGUUGCCCAAGCAUCGGAAUUGCCACCAUCUCCCAAUGCAUGGGAUUAA